AUGGCAAAGACCUCAAUGACGAAAUCCAGUGCCGGCGUCGGUUCCAUCGUCAGCGACUUUUGCGCCACGUACGACAAGACAACGCCCAAGAAACUCAAGCUCAUUGACGGCUUUCUUGCCUACGUCCUGGCAACGGGUGUACUGCAGUUUCUCUACUGCGUAUUGGUGGGCACGUUCCCGUUCAACUCGUUCCUCGCGGGCUUCGUAUGCACUGUCGGCGUCUUUGUGCUCGCCGUGUCGCUGCGUAUGCAGAUCAACCCGACCAACAACUUCCAAGACCGCACGGAGCAACGCGCGUAUGCCGACUACCUCUUUUGCAACCUCAUCCUGUUCCUCGUCGUGUUUAACUUUAUGGGUUAA